CUCUCUCUCUCUGUCCCUUCAAUAAAUAGCCCUCUGAACAUGCUUCAAUAAUAGAUUUCUUUCCUUCUAGCUCUUUUAGUUGUUGCAGAGAAACAAUGGCCAAAGACAUUGAAGGACCUGAGCAAGGAGAGUUCUCAGCAAAGGACUACCAUGACCCACCUCCAGCACCACUGAUCGACUUUGAAGAGUGGACCAAAUGGUCGUUUUACAGAGCUGUUAUUGCUGAGUUCAUUGCAACUCUUCUCUUCCUCUACAUUACAGUCUUGACUGUAAUUGGCUACAAGAGGCUGACUGACGUGAACCUGCCAACCGAUCAGUGUGAUGGCGUUGGCGUUCUUGGUAUCGCUUGGGCCUUUGGUGGCAUGAUUUUCAUUCUUGUUUACUGUACCGCUGGUAUUUCUGGAGGACACAUAAACCCAGCUGUGACAUUCGGGUUGUUCUUGGCCCGCAAGGUUUCCCUCAUCCGGGCAGUGUCUUACAUGGUGGCUCAGUGCCUGGGAGCAAUCUGUGGUUGUGGUUUGGUCAAGGGAUUCCAGAAGUCAUACUACAACAGGUAUGGAGGCGGAGCCAACGAACUCGCAGAUGGCUACAGCAAGGGCACUGGAUUGGGAGCUGAGAUCAUUGGAACCUUUGUUCUUGUUUACACUGUCUUCUCCGCCACUGAUCCCAAGAGGAGUGCCAGAGACUCCCAUGUUCCCGUUUUGGCACCACUGCCCAUUGGCUUUGCUGUGUUCAUGGUUCACUUGGCCACAAUCCCGAUCACGGGCACCGGCAUCAACCCUGCUAGGAGUUUGGGACCUGCUGUGAUCUACAACAGGGAGAAAGCCUGGGAUGACCAAUGGUUAUUCUGGGUUGGACCCUUCAUUGGAGCUGCCAUUGCUGCAUUCUACCACCAAUACAUUCUUAGAGCAGCAGCCAUUAAGGCACUCCGAUCCUUCAGGAGCAAUGCCUAAAUGAAUAUUCCAAGAUCAUAGUGUACAUAAUAAAAGAAUAACAAUUAAGAGAGUGCAAAUAUGUAUGGAGAGCUCCGUUUGUGAAACCUAAACUUGAAUUUCUUUAAAAAAAAAAGACAAAUCUACUGAAGUGGUGGUGUUGUUUAUUUAUCCUUUUUUUUUAAAAUUUUUAAUUUUGUAAAUUUAGUUAAAAGUGGUGUAUUUAUGUUGAAAGUGGUAUUUAAUUUUAAUCCUUCUAGCA